GGGGAGGAAGCAGUGACCACUCAGGAGUAAAGCAUGGUUUGUGACAUAUGGAUAAACUCGGGUUGCCCCACGUAACCGACUCAUUGGGGGGUUAUCAUCGACGUUCUCGACGAAGGAUUUUACCACUUACUGGGCUGCCUUUGCUCUGACAAAGCCACUAAAAAUGAACAUGGUCAAGAGGAUCAUGGGGCGGCCGAGGCAGGAGGAGUGCAGCCCCCAGGACAAUGCACUGGGCCUGAUGCACCUGCGACGCCUUUUCUCUGAACUGUGCCACCCUCCUCGCCACAUGACCCAGAAGGAGCAAGAGGAGAAGCUCUACAUGAUGCUUCCCGUAUUUAACAGGGUGUUUGGGAAUGCUCCACCCAGCAGCAUGACGGAGAAGUUCUCCGACCUGCUGCAGUUCACCACACAGGUCUCAAGACUCAUGGUGACUGAGAUCAGACGAAGAGCCUCUAAUAAAUCCACAGAGGCAGCCAGUCGAGCUAUAGUGCAGUUCCUGGAGGUGAACCAGAGUGAGGAGGCGAGUCGUGGCUGGAUGCUUUUGACCACCAUUAACCUGCUGGCCUCCUCUGGACAGAAAACGGUGGACUGCAUGACGACCAUGUCUGUACCCUCCACGCUGGUCAAAUGCCUCUACCUGUUCUUCGACCUGCCUCACAUGGCCGAGGCCCCAGCAGGCCCCACCCCUCAGCAGCCACCACCACCACCACCGCCGGCCACCCAAGAGAAGACCCCAGGCCAGGGCCACACCCAGCAGGAGCUGCCCCUGGCUGACCGCAGGGCGCUGCUCCAAAAGGUCUUCGUUCAGAUCCUGGUGAAGCUCUGCACCUUUGUGUCUCCGGCGGAGGAGCUGGCCCAAAAGGACGAUCUCCAGCUGCUGUUCAGUGCCAUCACCUCCUGGUGUCCCCCCCACAACCUGCCCUGGAGGAGGAGCGCAGGGGAGGUGCUAACCACCAUCUCCCGACACGGCCUCAGCGUCAAUGUGGUCAAAUACAUACAUGAGAAGGAAUGCCUGGGUACAUGUGUUCAGAACAUGCAGCAGUCCGAUGAUCUGUCACCACUGGAGAUUGUGGAGAUGUUCGCCGGGCUCUCCUGCUUCCUCAAGGACUCCAGUGAUGUGUCACAGACCCUGCUGGAUGAUUUCCGAAUGUGCCAGGGUUAUGCCUUCCUCUGCGAUCUCAUGCUCAGACUGGAACAGGCCAAGGAGGAUGAAUCAAAAGAUGCACUUAAGGACCUGGUCAACCUGGUCACCUGUUUGACCACAUACGGUGUGUCAGAACUGAAACCUGCCGGCCUGACAACUGGAGCCCCCUUCCUGUUGCCUGGUUUUGUUCUGCCGCAGCCUUCUGGAAAAGGCCAUACAGUGCGCAAUAUCCAGGCUUUUUCGGUGCUUCAGAAUGCCUUCCUGAGGGCUAAAACCAGCCGUCUGGCCAGUAUGCUACUGGACGCCAUUGGAAACAUCUACGCAGCAGAGCCGGCCAACUACUUCAUCCUGGAGUCCCAGCACACCCUAUCGCAGUUCGCAGAGCGUGUGGCCAAGCUCCCCGAGGCCCAGGUCAAGUACUUUGAGCUGCUGGAGUUUGUUGUCUUCAGCCUGAAUUACGUGCCGUGCAAAGAGCUAUUCAGCGUCAGCGUGCUGCUAAAGUCGAGCACGUCGCACGCCUGCAGCAUCACAGCCGUCCGGACGCUGCUGAAGCUGGCCAGGCACGACCCGGUGUUCAGUGACGUGCUGCGGGAGGUCGGCCUGCUGGAGGUGCUUGUCAAUCUGCUGCACAAGUACGCUGCCUUGCUCAAAGACCCGGCCACACAGCAGCAACCACACAAUAAUGAUCAAGCUGACAGUAAAAACAACACAGUAGCAGAAGAACAGAAACAGUUGGCCUGGCUGGUGAUGGAGACACUGACUGUGCUCCUGCAGGGCUCCAACACCACCAACACUAAUGCAGCUCUGUUCAGGGAGUUUGGCGGCGCUCGUUGCGUUCACAACAUCGUGAAGUACCGCCAGUGUCGGGAACACGCCCUGCUCAUCAUCCAGCAGCUCGUCCUGUCGCCCAGCGGAGAUGACGACAUGGGAACACUGCUGGGCCUCAUGCACUCUGCACCGUCCAGUGAACUACAGCUGAAGACUGACAUACUGAGGGCUUUGCUAGCGGUGUUGCGUGAGAGUCACCGCACCCGGACGGUGUUCCGCAAGGUGGGCGGCUUUGUCUACGUCACCUCUCUGCUGGUGGCGAUGGAGCGCUCGCUGUGCCAGCCGCCGCGACACGGCUGGGACCGCGUCAACCAGAACCAAGUCUUUGAGCUUCUGCACACCGUCUUCUGCACGCUCACCGCCGCCAUGCGCUACGAGCCCGCCAACUCACACUUCUUCCGCACGGAGAUCCAGUACGAGAAGCUGGCAGAUGCUGUGAGGCUGCUGGGCUGUUUCUCAGACACUAAGAAGCUGGGUCCCACAGGUGUGUUCCCCUCCAAUGCUCAGCCUUUCCAGAGGCUGCUGGAGGAUGAGGCUGCCCCUGGAGGCAGCACAGGAGACAGCGUCUGUCCCACACUCAAACACUGCAGCAAGCUCUUCAUCUACCUGUACAAGAUGGCCACCGACUCGUUUGACAGACAUGGCUACUAUGGUACGUCAGGACCUCCCGCCCCAGUCAAAGCUCUGACAGACCUGAAGCUCCACUUAACCAACCCCUCCCACCCGGCUCCCUCCUCGUCUUCAUCUGACAUGGUGGUCAUCCACCCGGGGGCUGUCCUGGCCAUGCUUGACCUGUUGCCCUCCGUGUCCUCUGACAGCCAGCCAGAGCAUGCCCUCGACCUGCAGCUGGCAGUCGCCAACAUCCUCCAGCUCCUGGUGAACAGUGAGAGGAACCAGCAGGUGCUGUGUGAAGCUUGCCUCCACCAGCGGCUGUUGCAGCGCUGCAGCCAGGCCCUGGGCGAUGAAGACCAUCCGCUGCACCCCCCACUGCAGAGGAUGUUUGAGAGGUUGGCUUCGCAGGCCUUACAGCCGAUGGCACUCAGGGAGUUCUUACGUCUUGGAAACCCUCUGAACUGCGGCGCCUGGGACAAGAAGCUACUGAAGCAGUACCGGGUUCACAAGCCAAGCUCUCUCAGCUAUGAUGCUGAAAUGAGAAACAGUAUGACCAUGUCUAUGGAGGGCUUCGGCCCUGACAGCGUCUUCGCCACACCAGCGGAGGACAACGGCCAGUAUCGCAUCAGCCGCAGCCUCGUGCGCUCCGCUGAGGGCAGCACCGUGCCCCUUACUCGAGUCAAGUGCCUGGUGUCCAUGACGACGCCCCAUGACAUACGGCUGCAUGGAUCGGCCGUCACGCCUGCAUUUGUGGAGUUUGACACCUCACUGGAGGGCUUCGGGUGCCUGUUUCUGCCCAGCCUGGCGCCCCACAACGCCCCCACCAACAACACCAACGCCUCAGGUGUCAGCGAUGGAGCGGUGCUGAGCGGCAUGGGCACAGGGGAGCGCUUGUUCCCUCCCCCGUCAGGUCUGACCUACUCCACCUGGUUCUGCGUGGAGCGGUUCAGCGCAGCUCCUCAGGCCCACCCGGUGCGGCUGCUGACCAUCGUCCGUCGGGCCACGUCCUCGGAGCAGCACUAUGUCUGCCUGGCUGUGGUGCUGUCCACCAAAGAUCGUUCACUCACUGUCUCCACCAAGGAGGAGCUGCUGCAGACCUACUCAGCGGACGAGUCAAGUGAAGAAGCCUCCUUCUAUGAGAUCCUGCCCUGCUGUGCUCGUUUCCGCUGCGGCGAGCUGAUCGCAGAGGGCCAGUGGCACCACCUGGUGCUGGUCAUGAGCAAAGGCAUGCUGAAGAACAGCAUGGCCACACUAUACAUCGACGGCCAACUUAUCAACACUGUCAAGCUUCACUACAUCCACAGUACACCUGGCGGCUCCGGCUCCACCAACCCCCCUGUCAUGAGCACUGUGUACGGGUAUGUGGGGACACCGCCUGCCCAGCGCCAGCUCUCCAGCCUGGUGUGGCGUCUGGGACCCAGCCACUUCCUGGAGGAGGUCCUGCCUGCCACCAGCGUUGCCGCAAUCUAUGAACUGGGACCCAACUAUGUAGGCAGCUUUCAGGCCGUCUACCUGCCCUGUAAAGACUCGAAGACGGAGGUAGCACCUACCUCCCCAGUGGCGUUGGUACCAGAGGAGAAGGUGUCUUUCAGUCUAUAUGCACUCUCUGUCUCCACUCUCACCGUGGCCAAGAUCAGGAAAGUCUACAACAAACUCGACAGCAAAGCCAUUGCCAAACAGCUCGCUGUGUCCUCUCAUGAAAAUGCCACUCCGGUCAAGCUGAUUCACAACGCUGCCGGCCACCUCAAUGGACUGGCACGUACCAUUGGAGCUGGAGUCAUUGGAUAUUUAGGGGUCCGUGCCUUUGUGGCCAAACCUGUGGCCACCAACCUGCAGUAUGUUGGUGGGGCGGCGGCUAUCUUGGGCCUGGUUGCCAUGGCAUCAGAUGUGGAGGGGCUGUAUGCAGCUGUCAAAGCUUUGGUGUGUGUUGUUAAAAGCAACCCGUUGGCCAGUAAGGAGAUGGAGCGCAUCAAAGGCUAUCAGCUGUUGGCAAUGCUGCUGAAGAAGAAGCGCUCGCUGCUCAACAGCCACAUCCUCCAUCUCACCUUCUCUCUGGUGGGAACAGUUGACAGUGGCCACGAGACCUCCAUCAUUCCCAACUCCACCGCCUUCCAGGACCUGCUCUGUGACUUCGAGGUCUGGCUCCACGCUCCCUACGAGCUCCAUCUGUCUCUGUUUGAACAUUUCAUUGAACUGCUAACUGAAUCCAGUGAGGCAGCUAAAAAUGCCAAACUCCUGAGGGAGUUUCAGCUGAUCCCCAGACUGCUGCUGACCCUAAGAGACACGUCACUGUCCCAGCCGACCGUAGCUGCCAUCAGCAACGUGCUCAGUCUGCUGCUGCAGGGCUUCCCCAACCCAUAUGAUCUGCUGCGGUUUGGUCAGUUCAUCUCCUCUACUCUCCCCACAUUUGCUGUGUGUGAGAAGUUUGUCGUCAUGGAAAUCAAUAACGAGGAGAAGAUCGACGGAGGUAAUGAUGACGAUUUCGGCGGUCUCCUGUCGGCCAACCUCAUUCUGCUGAGAAACCGACUGCUGGACAACCUGCUCAGACUGCUCUUCACCACCAAAGAGAAGUGCUCCGUCAAUGCCCAGGCGUGUGAGGAGCUCGUGCGAACGCUGGGCUUUGAUUGGCUCUUAAUGUUCAUGGAGGAACAUCUUCACUCCAGCACGGUCACGGCAGCUCUGUGGAUCCUGGUGGUGCUGCUCUCCAACCAGUCCAUCCUCAACCGCUUCAAAGAGGGCCUGUGUGGAGGCGGCUGGCUUGACCACACCGACUCCGUCCUGACCAAUAAGAUCGGCACAGUGCUCGGCUUCAACGUGGGCCGCAGUGCCGGUGGGCGCUCCACACUGCGUGAGAUCAACCGGGACGCUUGCCACUUCCCAGGAUUCCCCGUGCUGCAGACGCUGCUGCCCAAACACACCAACGUGCCGGAGCUCUACUUCCUGCUCAUGGCACUGUUCCUGCAGCAGCCCGUCACCGAGCUGCCAGACAGCCUGCAGGUACAUUUUGACCUGGACUCUAUCUGGACGUUCAUCUUUGGCAUGCCGGCGUCCAGCGCGACCGUAGUCGGCUCCAUCCACAAUGUUUACACCGAGGCUGCCUUCCUGCUGCUGGCCAUGCUGCGCAGCAUGCUCAACCUGCCAUGGCAGUCAGAGGAGGAAGGUUCAUGGCUGAGGGAAUACCCGGUCACUCUCAUGCAGUUCUUUAGGUAUCUUUACCACAACGUGCCCGACCUGUCACCAAUGUGGCACAGUCCUGAGUUCCUCUGUGCCCUGGCAGCAGCUGUCUUCCCCUUCAACAUCAGGCCCUACUCUGAGAUGGUCAGUGAUUUGGAUGACGAGGCAGGUUCUCCCACCGAGGAGUUCAAGGCAUUUGCCGGGGACUCGGGUAUGAACCGUAGCCAGUCUGAAUACUGCAACGUGGGCUCCAAGACGUCCCUGACCAACCACCCGGCCAAAAAGUAUGUCUUUGACUUCAUGAGGGUCCUGAUCAUGGACAACCUCUGCAUGACCCCGGCCAGCAAGCAGACACCCAUCAUUGACCUGCUGCUGGAGGCCUCCCCGGAGCGCUCCACUAGAACUCAGCAGAAGGAGUUUCAAUCCAACAUCCUGGACGGUGUCAUGGAGCACCUUCUGGCUGCUGAUGUCCUUCUAGGUGAAGAUGCCUCUCUGCCCCUCAGCAGUGGUGGCAGCUAUCAGAUUCUGGUCAACAACGUCUUCUAUUUCACCCAGCGGGUGGUGGACAAGCUGUGGCAGGGCAUGUUCAACAAGGACUCCAAGCUGGUGGUGGACUUCAUUGUGCAGCUCAUAGGACAGUCUAAGAGGCGUUCUCAGGGUCUUUCCCUCGACACGAUCUACCACUGUCUGAACCGGACAGUGCUCUACCAGCUCUGUCGACCCCACAAGACGGUAGCUCAGCAGGUGGCCCUGCUGGACGCCCUGCGGGUCCUGACCGUCAACCGCAACCUGGUGCUCGGGCCAGGCAACCACGACCAGGACUUUGUGGCCUGCCUGGCUCACUGCUUUAUCUGCCUGCACAGUGGGAGUAGUGUGGAGGGCUUCGGCCUGGAGGCGGAGGCCAGGAUGACAACCUGGCAUGUCAUGAUGCCCACGGAGAACGAGGCCGACGCCACGCACAGCCACGACGUCAGCGAGGGCCGACAGCUGCUGCUCAAGGCGGUGAACAGGGUGUGGACAGAGCUGAUGCACAGCAAGCGUCAGAUGCUAGAGGACAUAUUCAAAGUGUCUCUGCCUUGCAACGACAGAGGCCACGUGGACAUCGCCACAGCCAGGCCCGCCCUGGAGGAGCCGGCCCUGAAGAGCUGGCAGAACCACCUGGUCUACGAGAAGAAGUGUAUCAGUCGAGGUGAGGCAGUGGCACCGGCGACCCAGUCCAAGCUGUCCAGAGUCAGCAGCGGCUUCGGCCUCUCCAAGCUGACAGGCGUCCGCCGCAACAAGAAGGAGAACAGCCUGAACAAGAACAGCCUGUCAGCACAGGAAACUUUCCAGUGGAUGUUCACACACAUUGCUGUGGUUCGAGACCUGGUGGCCAUGCAGUACAAAGAAUAUCAAGAGCGGCAGCAGAAUGCCCUCAAGUAUGUGACCGAGGAGUGGGCGUCCAUCGAGUAUGAGCUGCUGCGUGAACGGGGCCUCUGGGGCCCGCCCAUCGGUUCUCACCUGGACAAGUUCGUGCUGGAGAUGACGGAGGGGCCCUGCCGGAUGAGGAAGAAGAUGGUCCGCAAUGACAUGUUCUAUAUCCACUACCCAUACAUCCCUGAGAUAGAGCCAAACACCAACUCAGCACAGAAGCCUCUCCGUUACCGGCGAGCCAUCAGCUACGACAGUAAGGAAUACUACAUGCGCUUGCUGUCUGGUAACCCUGGAAUGUACCAGCACUCUGUGGAGCACAACACAGAGGGAGAGACCACACAGCAUGAGCCCGAGCACGGAGAAGACACCAUCGCUAGAGUCAAAGGCCUGGUGAAGGCUCCUCUGAAGAGGUCUCGGUCGACGGCGGACGGGGCAGACGAGGACAGUCAGGAGCAACUUCAGGAGCAGCUGUUAGAGUCGGGAGGCCCUGAGGAGGAGCAGAGGACCGACAACACGUCCCUGCUGCGUCUCCUGGAGGAGGGAGAGAAGAUUCAGCACAUGUACCGCUGUGCCAGGGUGCAGGGUCUGGACACCAGCGAGGGUCUGCUGCUGUUUGGGAAAGAGCACUUCUAUGUCAUCGACGGCUACACCAUGACCGUGUCCAGAGAGAUCAGAGACAUCGACACGCUCCCCCCCAAUUUGCAUGAGGCCAUCAUCCCCAGAGGAGCAAGACAAGGACAGAGCCAGCUGAAGAGAACCUGCAGCAUCUUCGCCUAUGAAGACAUCAAGGAGGUGCAUAAGAGACGAUACCUGCUGCAGCCCAUGGCAGUAGAAGUCUUCUCAGCAGAUGGGAGAAACUACUUGUUAGCCUUCCAGAAAGGUGUCCGCAACAAAGUUUACCAAAGGUUCUUGGCUGUGGUGCCUUCACUGGCUGACAGUUCAGAGUCGGUUUCAGGCCAGAGGCCCAACACCAGUGUCGAACAAGGGUCUGGGCUCCUCAGCACGCUGGUCGGUGAAAAGUCAGUGACUCAGAGAUGGGAGCGAGGAGAGAUCAGUAAUUUCCAGUACCUGAUGCAUCUGAACACAUUAGCUGGACGAUCCUACAAUGACCUGAUGCAGUAUCCAGUCUUCCCCUGGAUCCUGGCCGACUUCGACUCAGAGGAACUGGACCUGAACAACCCAAAGACGUUCCGUAACCUGGCCAAACCAAUGGGCGCCCAGACUGAUGACAGACUUACGCAGUACAAGAAGAGGUACAAGGACUGGGAAGACCCCAAUGGUGAAACCCCAGCAUACCACUACGGCACCCACUACUCAUCAGCCAUGAUCGUAGCCUCUUAUCUGGUCCGGAUGGAGCCCUUUACACAGAUUUUCCUCAGACUUCAGGGAGGUCACUUUGACCUGGCCGACAGAAUGUUCCACAGUGUGCGUGAAGCCUGGCUCUCUGCCUCCAAGCACAACAUGGCCGACGUCAAGGAGCUUAUCCCAGAGUUCUUUUACCUGCCUGAGUUCCUGCUCAACUCCAACAACUUCGACCUGGGUGCCAAGCAGAAUGGCACCAAGCUGGGUGAUGUCAUCCUGCCACCUUGGGCCAAGGGCGACCCCCGGGAGUUCAUCAGAGUCCACAGAGAGGCGUUAGAGUGUGACUAUGUGUCAGCCCACCUCCACGAAUGGAUCGACCUCAUUUUUGGCUACAAGCAACAGGGGCCGCCGGCCGUGGAGGCGGUCAACGUCUUCCACCACCUGUUCUACGAGGGUCAGGUGGACAUCUACAACAUCAACGACCCCCUCAAGGAGACAGCUACCAUCGGCUUCAUCAACAACUUUGGACAAAUCCCCAAACAGCUGUUUAAGAAGCCCCAUCCUCCUAAACGGGUACGCAGUAAAGCCAACGGUGACAUUGCGAGUGUUCCUCCGAGCUCCAACAGCGACAAGAUCUUCUUCCAUCAUCUGGACAAUCUCAGACCUUCUCUAGCACCUGUCAAAGAACUGAAGGAGCCUGUGGGACAGAUCGUCUGCACUGACAAGGGCAUACUGGCUGUGGAGCAAAACAAAGUUCUGGUUCCCCCCACCUGGAGCAAGACCUUCGCCUGGGGCUAUGCUGACCUCAGCUGCCGUCUGGCUAACUAUGAAUCUGACAAGGCGUUGGUGGUUUACGAGUGUCUGUCAGAGUGGGGUCAGAUCCUCUGUGCCAUAUGUCCAAACCCGAAGCUGGUUAUCACUGGUGGCACCAGCACUGCCAUCUGUGUUUGGGAGACAGGAACCUCCAAGGAGAGGGCCAAGUCGCUCACGCUUAAACAGGCAUUACUGGGCCACACAGACGCUGUGACAUGUCUGACAGCAUCGUCAGCUUACCACAUUGUUGUCAGCGGCUCGCGGGAUCGAACCUGCAUCAUCUGGGACCUCAACAAGCUUUCUUUCGUUACACAGCUCAGGGGACACCGGGCGCCCGUCUCUGCUCUGUGCAUCAAUGAACUGACGGGCGAUAUCGUGUCCUGUGCUGGCACAUACAUUCACGUGUGGAGCAUUAACGGCAGCCCCAUCGCCAGCGCCAACACCUUCACAGGGCGCAGCCAGCAGAUCCUGUGCUGCUGUGUGUCGGAGAUGAACGAAUGGGACACGCAGAACGUCAUCGUCACUGGACACUCAGACGGCGUUGUCAGGUUUUGGAGAAUGGAGUUCCUCCAAGUCCCAGAAACCCCUGCUCCAGAGCCGGUAGAGCCAGAUGUGCCUGACUGCUGUGGUGAGGAGAAGAUUGAGGGUGGCGAGAGUCACAACGGUGAUGACGACAGCAGCGAAUCAGACGGAGACGAGCCAAGUCUGAGCCAGGAGCCCAAAGCGCCGCGCAACCCCUCGACAGGUGGCAGUCAACCGGGCAGUACUGUCCACAGACCCAGAGGUCCUUCAGCCCGAACAGGAGCCUCGUGGUCGAUGGAUAGCAGCUCAGACGACUCUCACCGGUGGUCAGACACCCUCAGCAUUGACGAGAAGGACGGCUUUGUGUUUGUCAACUACUCUGAGGGCCAAACAAAGGUCCCUCAUCCUCAUCCGGCUCAUCCAGGGCAGAGCUCUGUGCCACAGCCUCUCCAGCCCUCCACCAUGGACGCACGAACGUACAACCAGCUCAGGACAGGCUACAGAUGGGAGCGCCAGCUGGUCUUCCGAAGCAAACUCACCAUGCACACGGCAUUUGAUCGCAAGGACAACGCUCACCCGGCCGAGAUCACAUCCCUCGCCAUCUCCAAGGACCACAGUAAGAUCCUGGUGGGCGACAGUCGUGGUCGGGUCUUCAGCUGGUCAGUCAGCGACCAGCCGGGCCGUUCCGCAGCCGACCACUGGGUGAAGGAUGAGGUGGUUGACAGCUGCUCUGGCUGCACUGUUCGCUUCUCCCUCACCGAGCGACGCCACCACUGCAGGAACUGCGGGCAGCUCUUCUGCCAAAAGUGUAGUCGCUUCCAAUCAGAGAUCAAAAGGCUGAAGAUUUCGUCACCGGUGCGAGUUUGUCAGAACUGUUACUACAACCUCCAACAUGAGCGAAGCGUUGAGGAUGGCAGCAGAAACUGAGCUCCAUCUUCAGUCGCUGCCGACAAAAGAAACACCUCAUCCCGAGGACUCCGACCUAAGGAGCGCUCCAUUCCUCCAUCUUCCCCGUUGUUCUCUCAACACCUCUCACAUAUCCCUGGAAACCCCCUUUAUCCUCUUGUACGUCCAGUAACCACAUGUACUGUAACACACUGACAGACUGUAACCGGAGGGAGUGUCCGCUGCUUCAUCACCCUGGCGGUAAAGCCCAUCGAAGGAGGUGGGGGAUAAAAAUCGAGGAUAAUGGCUUGAAAGGAAAUGAAAAAAACUCAAUCACCACUUUUACCACCUGCACUCAACUACUGGAGGAAAAAACAAAAAAGAAACACCCUCGAUGUGGCACGCUCGAAUCAAUCACCCACCACCGCAAGAUGUAACAAACUUGUUCAUAUUGUAAAUACUUACCAUGGCCUUUUUAACUCUACGAGGAACAAACACCGAACAAAAAAUAAGGUCAAUGAGAAAAAAACAAAUUGCCUGUAACAUAGCGUUGUGACUAACCACUCCUGGCUUUAAAAAACAAAAUCGAUUGUGUGUAGUCUCCGUCACGAGUCACGGCGAGUCCAGAGGAAUAACACGGAGGGGAGGAAGGGAUAUGAAUGUCAGUAACUAACGUCUGUGGGUUGACACUAGUGGGUCUAGUUAUGCAAACUGACUUAUUUUCUUUUUUUAAUUUCCUGAUCAGUUUUUGUUGUUGUUUACAGAAAUGUGAUUUAUUUUGUGAGUGUGUGUUGCCCGCAGUGUCAAGCCAUCGCCAUCAGAGAAAGAUUUAUUAUCAGAUUGUCGUUUCCUUUUUUUUUUUUUUUUGCCAAAUUCUUUUGAUGUAUCAGUGAUGAUGAUUUUUUUUUUAAUCAUCUAUUCUGUCCUUUAUAUGAAUUCCCGUUUGGAGAUUUUUGUUGUUGUUGUUGCUGCUGCUGUCUGACACAUUAUACGAAGACUGGACACAUUGUCAUUGCAGGUUUUAUUUUAAUUGUCUUUUUAAACCAUAUCACUCCAUUUAUUUCAAGACUUUCUGUGUUAUCCUAGUAUUUGUCUCGAGAGAACGCAUCAUGGGUUCAUCUUCUGUGAAAAAAAAUCUGAAUUAGGUUUAAAAAAUGACACAUGUAAUAUGGCUACACGUUUAUCUCCCGUCAUGUCUGUCUCAUGUAGCCUUGUUAGUUACUGUACGGCAUCAGAGCGGCUUUGUGAAUGCACUCAAAAAAAGGGACUUUUAGCGUGUAUCGUGGUUUUUAUGUUCUCGGUUUCUAUCCAUAUUUCGUUGUUCGCAGACCUUCAGUCUGACCCUGUGGCAUUAUUACAGCGGAUCAGUAAAUGUUGCACUCCACACACUUUAUCCUCAGUCCGUAUAGAAGACGCUAAACUGUAGGAGCAGCAGCCAAGCACCGUUCAAAGACUUUGUUCGACAUUGGAGAAGAUGUAAGAAAUCAUGAAAUUCCCUUAAACGGGGCGACGUCCCAGCUCAGAUUUUUAAAGAUGUCUUUGGGUGUUGAUGCUAAAAAGUCAAAUACAUUGAGGCAGUCCAAAAGGACUGCUGUUUGAACCUUUUUUCCUGUUGUGAUUCACAUGUAGUGGAAAUGUCCAAAGAUCUUGAUUGAGCAUUACAGCAUUAAAUCCACAUCAUGGUUUCAAUGAUGUACCCUGUUUUCACUCCUUUAUGUGUGGAAUUUCCUCAUCAAACCAGUCAUUGGUUUGCUUGCCCAGGAGCCAAUUAAACACAUCCACAAUUUCAGCAAGUUUACUUGAAGUCAGCAUGGGGGCCACAAAGAGGGCAGAGAUAUCAAGGAAUUACCUGUUGAUGAAUCUGAGGUUUCAUUUGUGCCAAAAAUAUGAUUUUGCGCAUUCAUCAAUGUUUCCCACCGUUGAGGCUUUUGUUGUGGUCAGUGUCCCUGCUGCUCUGUCACUGUUGGAAGACAAGAUAAGACAAGGCUAAGAGAAAAGACAAGAAAAAGGACAGCAUGACAAGACGUCUUAUCGUCAUUAUGUAGUCAGGAAAACAGAUGAAAAGCAACACAAAUCAUCGUGGACGCCAUCGACAAUGGCACAACAGUGACGAAGCAAAUGCAGAUCAGUGGCUUUUUUCCUACCACAACAAAAAGCAACAACAGUAGUUACGGAGAAAUGUAGAAGUAGAAGCAGCUUUCAAAUGAUUCUGAUGUCGUACGCUCUGUUUGUACAACAAUGACAUUUUGCGAUGUCUGCUUCUACCACAAGGAGUCAGCAAACGCGCAAACUUAGCAGUAAAAUAUGCAGCCUGACACUUUUGGCACAGACUGCACCUCAUACCAUCCUGCCAUGCUGACACGUUGAUUUCAGAGGCGUUUCCUUUGUUUUUCCGUUGUUUAACAUAACUUAACGCAACAGUUUGCCGUGGACAUAGUUCAUAUUUUCCUCUGCAGGACGGCUGCUGCUGCCUGGUUCAAUAGUUGGACGUAAAGAGUGUUUUGUUUUUAUGUACGUGUCGUUUUCUCUCAUAUGUCACCCCCCCCCCCCCAUCUCUCUCUCUUCAUACAUGCCAUCAUGUUGUUUUAUUUGUGGUUCUGUGGGCAACGACUGUGCAUUCAAGUGCUGCUUUCCUUCUUUCCCUGAGAGAACUUUUUUUCUUUUGGUUUCCCACUAGAUUUUCACAGAGUCUCAAACAUGUAAAAAAAAAAAAAAAAAGAAAGAAAGAAAGAAAAAGAGAAAACACUUUAAUAUUCACCCCACAGCUCCCCGAUGUUAUAAUAAUUAUAAUAUGCACUCUUGUUAUUGUCCUUCUUAUAUCAUUCUGCAUUUCUGUACUGUAAUUUAGCGUGCAAUCAUGCCAUUUAGCUGAAAAGGCCGAAGUCGGCUUCUAUCAAUCAAGAGUUCCUUUGCACCUUCACGUGUACAAAAAAAGAAAAGUCGAGAGGAAUCACAGGUUUUUAUUGAAUGCAGUUUCACAUUGUCAUUCUAACAGAAAGGUGCAUUUCACAGUGGAUAAAUGAACUGUACAAAGUAUUUAUGCAAUUAUAACUGGUUUUAGAUUUUUUUAAUGAUUAUUGCAAUUUCAGCAAGUUUUGUUACUUGUUGCAUGUCUGUUAACACAGCUGACUUUCUGUGUCAGUGCAUUGUACAUGUUCUCGGCAUUAUAUUGUUUUGUUUUAUUCUUUUUUUUGGGGGGGGGGGUUUGGAGGCAUUGUCUGAAGAGUUGUUCCGACCGGCAGGUUUGUGUACAGAGCCGGAGAUCGUGUCCCAACUCUAGGUGGACUUUUGUACUCUUUAUGGAAAAAAAGGACUAAUGAGAGAAGAAGAAGAAAAAGAGAAAUCCUGGAUUAUUUUGGUGGUCUUGUAUUAGACUGCAUUACUACAGUAUCUGGUGUGCAAUCUGUGAUAGCUGAAUGUUCCUUGUAUAUUUGUGUUCACUACAUCCUACAAGAGAAAACAACAGUAGAGUAACUCCUGCCCCUUACAGAAACAAAAUGUUCCAAUAAUGCAAUAGAUCUGGUACUUAUUCUUUUAAUUUCAUUUCAAUAAAUAAUUGCUGUUUAC